UUGCGGACUGAGUUAUGAAAGAAGUUGGAGUUGAGCAAGGCAAGAGAGCGUGGAGGGAGAAACGAAACCGUGUCCAAGCAACUUUCUCACUGAACUGUGAGGUGUGAGCAGAGCAAUAAGUCGUCGAUCGGGGUUACUCGAUUUGGGAAUUAAUGGGUACCGUCCACGGGCGUUGCUCGACCAAGCUUCGCAAUAGUCGCAACGGCAUAAACGGAUCUUUUCCCGAUAGGAGGAGGCCGGCCGUUGCAGGUUUUGAAAAUAAAGAUAAUACCCCGCCAAAUCAAGCUGCCCAUACCACCCCAACUGCAUCAGCUCCGACGAAUAUGGCUUCGCUGCCUUACGCUCACGUAGAUUGCAGCUUGAGAGCUUUGGCCGGACAGGCCGAGGGUUUUGGUCGAUUCGCCAUCGGCGGUCUACAUGGACCACUUUAUCAUGUCACUACUUUAGCAGAUGAUGGUCCUGGAUCACUGCGUGAUGGUUGUCGCAGAAAAGAACCACUCUGGAUUGUUUUUCAAGUUUCGGGCACCAUCCAACUUUUAUCUUACCUGAGUGUAGCAUCUUAUAAGACAAUUGAUGGCCGGGGCCAAAGGAUAAAACUCACGGGAAAAGGUCUUAGGCUGAAGGAAUGUGAACAUGUGAUCAUAUGCAAUCUAGAGUUUGAAGGUGGUAGAGGACACGAUGUUGAUGGUAUUCAAAUAAAACCCAAGUCAAGGCACAUAUGGAUAGACCGCUGCAGUUUGCGUGAUUAUGAUGAUGGGCUGAUUGAUAUUACACGAGAAAGCACUGAUAUUACUAUCUCUAGAUGUCACUUUUCACAGCAUGACAAGACCAUGCUUAUUGGAGCAGAUCCCACUCAUACUGGUGAUAGAUGUAUCCGUGUAACCAUUCACCAUUGCUUUUUCAAUGGGACCAGACAGCGGCAUCCUCGUGUUAGAUUUGGAAAGGUUCAUUUAUACAACAAUUACACCAGGAAUUGGGGUAUUUAUGCUGUUUGUGCUAGCGUGGAGUCACAGAUAUACUCCCAGUGCAAUAUAUAUGAAGCAGGACAGAAGAAGGUCACUUUUAAAUAUAUGACUGAAAAGGCUGCAGACAGGGAACAGGAGAGGUCUGGUUGUAUAAGAUCUGAGGGUGACAUUUUCCUGAAUGGAGCUCAAGCUUGUUUAUUGACCGAGACAGCUGUGGAAAGCAUGUUCCAUCCAAGCGAAUACUACCCAACAUGGACAAUGGAAGCUCCUUCAGAUGCUCUGAAAGAGGUCCUCCACAUUUGUACGGGAUGGCAGUCCAUCCCAAAACCAUCAGAACAAACAGUAAUUGCAUAGGAGCCUCAAGAUCACGUACAUCCUUUUUUUUUAUAUUUACCUUAUAUUUAAAAUAAAAUUGCUUUUUCUUUGCAGUGUCUAUUUGAGAUUUUACCCGAAGACGUUUGAAUAGCCUUUGAAAGAUAUAUAAGAAUACAAGUAGGUUAUGUUAUUUA